AUGAAAAGAAAAACUUCGUUUUUCAUUUUUCCUAUUAAUUCUGGCAAAUUCUUACAUUUGUCAGCAAUAUCUUCAUAUAAUCAAAAAACAAUCAAGAUUACUGACCUUCCACUUGAAAUCUUCAUUGAAAUAUGUAAUCAUCUACCGCCUACGGCGCUUUUCUCAAUGAUGUGCGUUUGCAAACAAUUUCAUUAUUGGCUAAAUUCUACCACAUCAUAUAUUACUCGUGAAAUCUGGCGCGUUUCAAGAUUAAGGUUUCUUGAAUAUUUACAACUUGCUCCACCUAAAUCUAUGGAUGAAGUUUCUUAUAUUAAGUUGGCAAUGUUACAUAAAGGAUGUCAAUUUUGUUUGAGUAAACGAGAAACUCCUAAAGUUUUCUGGGCAUUUCGUGUUAGAAGUUGUAGGAAAUGUUUGGAGCAGAGAAUCAUAUUUGAUGAGACUCCAUCAUGGGCAAGAAAUCCUAUUGAUGUAGCUUUAGUAUUACCUCACGAGUACAUUAUUCCAUAUGGUCAAAUCUUUAAAGUUCGUGCCUAUCUGGCCAGUGAUGUAAGAUCUAUACAUCGAGAAUGUAUUUCUAUAUCUUUAGAUAAUAUAAUCGAUUGGAUCAGAUGCAAACAACAAUUGGCAACUGAGAUCAUAAAUGAUGCUGAAAUACCCAAAGAUGGAUUAUCGAAACCUUUCAUGACAAAUCCUUGGCCAAAUUUAUUGGAAAAUAUGAAAUGUGAAUAUUUCAAAUUAAUGAAAAUACGUCGUCGUCGUCAGAUCAUUAGCACACUUCUCUCACUUAUAGCUUCUCAUGACACUCUUUCUUCUAAAAUUUCUUUAUCUGAUCCAAUUGUCGAUUGUAUUCAUUGGUGUCCUUCCUUUACAAAUCCUCCUUAUGUCAAUGAUGAUCCUUUUAUUCCAUGGUCAAAGGAAUUUUUGGUUGAAACUUUAAUUCAGCAAUUAAGGAAAGAAGCAAGAUCAUUAUUAAGAAAUAAAAAUUUUUUACGUCCUGGACCAUUCACAAGUGUACAUGGUGCAAAAAAUCUCUUCUCUUGUUUGUAUUUAGAUGAAAAAUCAUAUAAAUGCAAACUUUGUUGGAGUGAUUUCACUACUUCAUAUACCUAUAAGAAAAUUUAUAUUCAUCUGAUAAGUUGUCGAUGGAGACGUUCGAUCGAAAAUAUUGAUGAGGAAAAAAUGAUUGAGGUGGAUAGAUCAGUGGUUCAUAAGUAUAUUCCACAAUGGUUUAAAUAUUUUAAAAUAGAAUAA